AUAUAUUUACGUCACUGUCAUGGCGACCUACGGAGGCAGUUUUGAAAGUACAGGCAACAUUAGCGCCCGAAAAGAAAUUAAAAGGAAAGCUAGGGAAGAAGUUAUUCAAAAGGCCAAAGAGAAGUAUGACAAGGAGGAGAGACGCGAGGAGCUGAAGAGGGCCCGUGGCGAGGACACCUGGAUGCUCCCCGAUGUCGACCUGAGGCUGCAGCAGCUGGACCAGGAGAAUACAAGCAUCAAGCAGAAGAAAGAGAAGAAGUCCAAAAAGAGCAAAAAGGAAAAGAAGGAGAAGAAGAAAUCCAAGAAGGAGAAGAGAAAAACAGCUCAGGAUGGAAGUUCCUCUGACGGCUCUGAGGCUUUUGAGGGGGAGUGGGUGGAAGCUCAGCCGACGGCACCAGAGAAAGCCUGGAAGAUCUCCAGCGACGGCAAGCCCACCAGCGCCAGCGCCCCCAGCAACCCAGCUGCCAGCGACCAGAGAGACGAGUGGAUGACUUUUGACUUCCUGACUAUGAAGACCGAGUCGACGACCGAUCGCCGUGCGGAGAGAGAGCGACAGAAGGAGGCAGAGAAAGAGAAGGAGCGCGUCAUUGAGCAGGCUGGCCUUUCCAAACUGGAGCUCAACCCCUUCUGGAAGGAUGGGGGAAGUGGCCUGCCCCCGGAGGAGGCUGCUCCAACUGGACCUAAAAAAGCAUUGGUUAAUGAUGGUGGCCUGAGCUGGCUUAGGAAGUCUUAUCAGCGAAUGACGGAGCAGGCUGAGAGAGAGCAACGAAGUCUGGAGGAAGUGGUGGCAGAGAGAUACGGGUCCAUGCAGGAGUUCCAGAUGAAACUACGGGAGGCAGAGGAGUUGGCUCAUCCAGGGAGAGCAGGAGGUGGAGGAGAGAGGGGGUUUGGCGGGAAUCGGUGGAGGGGAGGCAACCAUCGAUCGGCAAACAGCUGGGAGAGAAGGCCGCCCCCUAUGGACUGGGACAGGGACCGCAACCGGGAGAGGGACAGAGAUGACGGCCGAGGACGAGACCAUGACCGGGAUGGAGAUCGGGAGAUGAGCAGAGAGGGGGACAGGGAUGGACAAGGGAGACGGGACAGAGAGAAUGACUGUGGCCGUGCCGACAGAGGACGGGGAGGGAACAGGGCCUACCAGAGAGACUGGCGCAUGGACAGAGACGGGGAUAGAGACAGAGAUGACAACAGGAGGGACAGAGACGGGGAUAGAGACAGAGAUGACAACAGGAGGGACAGAGAUGACAACAGCAGGGACAGAGACGGGGAUAGAGACAAAUAUGACAACCGGAGAGACAGAAAUGACAACAACAGGGACAGAGAUGACAACAGGAGGGACAGAGACGGGGAUCGAGACAGAGAUGACAACAGGAGGGACAGAGACGGGGAUAGAGACAGAGAUGACAACAGGAGGGACAGAGACGGGGAUAGAGACAGAGAUGACAACAGGAGGGACAGAGAUGACAACAGCAGGGACAGAGAUGACAACAGGAGGGACAGAGACGGGGAUCGAGACAGAGAUGACAACAGGAGGGACAGAGACAGGAGGGACCGAGAUGAACAGGCUGGUAGGAGCACUGACAGAGACCGAAGAUACAGGGACGACCCAGCAAGAGCCUCUCCUGAUGUCUCCCGGGCUCAGCAAGACAGCCUUCGGCUGGGUCGCGACCAGGGCCCUGCCUCCCAGAGCUCUCUGAAGGGACGGUUCCAGAAGCCCUCAGACAUGGAUGAGGACGGGGCGGGUAGGUCCAGCCGGGGCACGAGGCCCUCAGCCUCUAAGGCUCCAUCUGGCUUCAUAAAGCCCAGUGACGAUGAUGAUGAGCCAGCCAGCACUACAGCCUGGAGGAAGGGCAGCACUCAACCCAACUCACAGGGGAAACAGGAAGUGGAGAAGGACAUCGCAGCAGAGAAGAGGCCACAGAGUGAACCUAUGGCUCAGAAGACUAGUGCACUGGUAGAGAAAGGUCACAACAGCAAGAAACCCACAGAAAGCCCAUCAAGUUCCCAGAGUGAAGAAGAAGAAGAAGAGGAGGAGGAGGAAGAAGAGGUCCCUUUUCUGACUGACGAGGAGAUGAAUAAGCUGGGAGCCAAACUAAUCAAGGCAGAGUUAAUGGAAAACACGGCCCUGGCUGACAAAAUCAAAGCACAGCUGGAAGCAGCCCGUACAGCCAAGGAGAAGCGAGCUCAGAAACUGUCAGGAUUGCAACCUGGUAAACCCCAGAGCAAGGUAUCUGGUGGAUCUCAGGAAGCAGAGGAAGUGGUUCUCUUCAGAACCGAUCACUCAGGCCGUGCUUGGCCCGUUAACGCAGAACCCUCAGAGUCCAGAGGAGGACGUACGAAGAAGAAAGCGAUCGAGACCCACCAAGACGGGGAGCGCGUGCGCUAUUUCCAUGACGACGACCGCAUGGACUUGAAGGAGAUGGUGAGGAGGGAGAAGAUGAGCACGGCCCAGGACCAGAACGCCCUCUACUCACGCAUGGCUGCCAAGAUGAUGGGCAAGCAGGACGGGGACAACUACACGCUGGACGACAUGUUUGUGUCGGGCGCGGCGCAGCGGGAGCGCCCGGGCCAGGACGAGGAGCGCCAGCGCAGCGCCGCCAUCCACGAGACCCGACGGCUGGCGGCCCGCAUGGACAAGUGCCCCUUCUGCUUCGACAACCCCGAGCUGCCCAAGCACCUCAUCAUCGCCAUCGGGGCGAAGGUGUACCUGUGUCUGCCCAACAUGGUGUCUCUGGCUGAUGGCCACUGCAUCAUCGCCCCCCUGCAUCACCACUGCGCCGCCACCGCUCUUGAUGAGGAUGUUUGGACCGAGAUGCAGAUGUUUCGGCGAGCGCUGGUGAAGAUGUUUGAGGAUCAGGACCUGGACUGCGUCUUCAUGGAGACGCACAUGAACCUAAAGAAACGGAUGCACAUGGUGUUCGAGUGUGUACCGCUGCCUAAGGAACUAGGGGACAUGGCACCCAUAUACUUCAAGAAAGCCAUCAUGGAGUCUGAUGAGGAGUGGGCCAUGAACAAAAAGGUGGUGGAGCUGUCGCAGAAGGACAUCCGGCGUGCUGUCCCCAAAGGCCUCCCGUACUUCUCUGUGGACUUUGGUCUCCAGGGCGGCUUUGCUCAUGUCAUUGAGAAUGAGCAGAAGUUCCCUCACUACUUUGGAAAGGAAAUUCUUGGAGGAAUGAUGGACCUGGAGCCCCGGCGCUGGAGGAAACCCAUCCGGGAGAGCUUUGAUGACCAGCGCAAGAAAGUUCUGGAGUUCGCCCAGUGGUGGAAGCCCUUUGACCCCACCAAGACCAGCGACUGAAACAUUCCAGGCCCCUUAGCGUGAUGGUCCAUAGAAGAGACGAUAUAGGGGUUUUUAUUGGACAACGGGACUUCGAGAUAAGACCGGGGUGUUUGUCAUUUGUAAGCACUGUCUGGUCUCUCCUGAAGAGAGGACAGUGCAAAUAGGCCUUACGAUGAGGCCUCUCUUUUUCGUUUUGUGUGUAAAUGUGUCAGCAUAGAGAUUUCAUAUGGUAAGAUUCCCUUCAGCCAACACGACAUCAAAACAAUAAAACUUAAUUUUCCACAA